UUGCAUCUUGUCAUAUAACGCGUUAUCUCCACUACUGAGCAAAUAUGGGAGAAAGGGGUUACAGUUUCUCACUCACCACAUUCAGCCCAUCUGGUAAACUGGUCCAGAUUGAGUAUGCCCUGUCAGCAGUAGCAGCAGGAGCCCCCUCAGUGGGAAUCAAAGCCUCAAAUGGAGUCGUUUUGGCAACCGAGAAGAAACAGAAGUCUAUACUGUACGAUGAGACGAGUGUUCACAAAGUCGAGAUGAUAACCAAACAUAUUGGCAUGGUCUACAGUGGGAUGGGUCCAGACUACAGGGUGCUGUUGAGAAGAGCGAGGAAACUGGCCCAGCAGUACUUCCUGGUCUACCAGGAGCCAAUCCCCACAGCCCAGCUUGUCCAGCGGGUAGCCUCUGUCAUGCAGGAGUACACACAGUCUGGUGGAGUUCGACCCUUUGGUGUGUCACUGUUGAUCGCUGGAUGGGAUGAUGAUCACCCUUACCUCUUCCAGUCAGAUCCCUCUGGGGCAUACUUUGCAUGGAAAGCCACCGCGAUGGGAAAGAACUACGUCAAUGGGAAAACAUUCCUAGAAAAGAGAUAUAAUGUGGAUCUGGAGCUGGAAGAUGCAAUCCACACAGCAAUCUUAACCUUGAAGGAAAGUUUUGAGGGUCAGAUGACAGAAGAUAACAUUGAGGUGGGAAUCUGCAACGAGGCAGGUUUCAGAAGACUCACCACAGCAGAGGUCAAGGACUACCUGGCAGCCAUAGCAUAAAAUGCCCCCUCCAUGGGGGUCUGUUGGCAUGGACUCAUUCAGAUCAGCUGAAAACACAUACCAAUACAGUGGCAGUUUAGCAGAUUACUACAAUUUGUCGGUUUAUUUCUCCGGUUAUACCUAGUCACAUACAACUAAUAAAAUAUGAUUUAUGUAAUAA